GGAUCCAAUGCUCCAUCUAUAAGGAGCCUCCUCGGCUUGCCAAGACAGCACAGGAUGCAGUGGGUGAAGGUGCUUGGAGGGGUGGUGGGGGCCGCCGCCCUCUUAGGGCUGGGAAUCAUCCUGGGCCACUUUGCCAUCCCCAAGGGGGCCAACCAGCCAGCUUCCCAGGAACUGGACCUGGACCCGGAGAUCCUCAAGACCGUCAUGGGACAGCUAGAUGCCAACAGAAUCCGAGAGAACCUUAGAGAACUCUCCAAGGAGCCGCAUGUGGCCUCCAGCCCCCGGGAUGAGGCGCUCGUGCAGCUGUUGCUGCAGCGCUGGCGGGACCCGGACUCGGGCCUGGACUCAGCCGGCACCUCUGAGUACGAAGUGCUCCUGUCCUUCCCCAGUCAAGAGCAGCCUAACCACGUGGAUGUUGUGGGUCCCUCUGGGGACAUCCUCUUCACCUGCCGACGAAGCGAAGAGAACCUGACUAAGGACCAGGAGGCGCCCGAUGUGCUGCCACCCUAUGCUGCCUAUGCUCCCCCUGGAACCCCUCAGGGCCUCCUUGUCUACGCCAACAAGGGCUCGGAAGAAGACUUCCUGUACCUAUACAAUAAGGGCAUCAACCUGCAAGACACCAUCGCCCUCACCCGCUACGGGGGUGUAGGGCGGGGGGCCAAGGCUGUGAAUGCCGCCAAGUACGGGGUGGCUGGGGUGCUGGUGUACACGGACCCCGGCGACAUCAACGAUGGGAAGAGCUUGCCCAACGAGACCUACCCACACUCCUGGGGUCUGCCUCCCUCGGGGGUGGAGCGAGGCUCCUACUUUGAGUAUUUUGGGGACCCCCUGACUCCUUACCUUCCAGCCAACCCCUCCUCCUUCCGCCUGGACUCUGCCGAUGCUUCUGGAUUUCCCCCAAUUCCCACUCAGCCCAUUGGCUUCGAGGAUGCAAAAGUCCUCCUCUGUAACCUCCAAGGAAACUCAGCCCCAGAGGACUGGCAGGGAGCCCUGGGCUGUGACUACAAUUUGGGACCUGGCUUCCGUCCUGACGGCAACUUCUCAGCAGACAGCCAGGUGAACGUGAGUGUCCACAACCGCCUGGUGCUGCGGAACUCGUCCAACGUCCUGGGGAUCAUCCGCGGGGCCGUGGAGCCAGACCGCUACGUGAUCUAUGGGAACCACAGGGACAGCUGGGUACACGGGGCCGUGGACCCCAGCAGUGGCACGUCUGUCCUCCUGGAGAUCUCGCGCGUCUUGGGGACUCUGCUGAAGAAGGGCACCUGGCGUCCCCGCAGGUCAAUCGUGUUUGCGAGCUGGGGGGCAGAGGAGUUUGGGCUCAUCGGCUCCACAGAAUUCACCGAGGAAUUCUUCAGCAAGCUGCAGGAGCGCACCGUGGCCUACAUCAACGUGGACAUCUCGGUGUUUGCCAACGCCACCCUGAGGGCGCAGGGGACGCCCCCGGUCCAAAGUGUCAUCUUCUCCGCAGCGAAACAGAUCCCGGCACCAGGGCGCAGCAGUCUCAGCAUCUACGACAACUGGAUCCAAUAUGUCAACCGUAGCAGCCCGGUGUACGGCCUGGUCCCCAGCUUGGGCACUCUGGGCGCUGGCAGCGACUAUGCACCCUUCAUUCACUUCCUGGGCAUCUCCUCCAUGGACCUUGCCUACACCUAUGACCGGAGCAAGACGUCAGCCCGGAUCUACCCCACCUACCACACUGCCUUUGACACCUUCGAUUACGUGGACAAGUUUGUGGACCCUGGUUUCAGCAGCCACCAGGCUGUGGCCCGGACAGCGGGCAGUGUGCUUCUCCGGCUCAGUGACAGCCUCUUCCUACCUCUUAACGUCAGUGACUACAGCGAGACCCUCCACAGCUUCCUGCAGGCUGCCCAGCAGAACCUUGGGACCCUGUUGGAGCAGCAGAGCAUCAGCCUGGGACCUCUGGUGACUGCAGUGGAGAAGUUUGACGAGGCAGCCACAGCGUUGGGCCAGCACUUAUCAGCACUGCAGAAGGGCACCCCUGACCCCCUGCAGGUGCGCAUGCUCAAUGACCAGCUGAUGCUCUUGGAACGGACCUUCCUGAACUCGAGAGCCUUCCCGGACGAACGCUACUAUAGCCAUGUGCUCUGGGCACCCCGAACCGGCUCUGUAGCCACGUUCCCAGGCCUGUCCAAUGCCUGCUCUAGAGCCAUGAACACCACUUCUGGAUCUGCAGCCUGGGCCGAGGUGCAGAGGCAGCUCAGCAUCCUGGUGGCGGCCUUGGAGGGUGCGGCAGCCACCCUGAGGCCUGUGGCUGAACUCUGACCGUAACCCUCAUUCUUCAGCGCCCACCCCCCUUUAUUCUAACCCUCGCGAACUCCAAUUCUGAGUGUGUUGCUGUCUUCCUUGCUAUCAGGAGAGGACACGGCCUCAGGGCCCUCUCACACUUCUGAGGCAACAGCUCGGGGCCCCACCGCUGUGGACACUUGAGGGCAAUGACAAGCCCCAGAUGCAAAUUUCCCUCAUUCUGGCUCUUGGUUGGCAGAGGGUGAACAGGAGACAGCGAGGGUGGCAGUGGCAAACACACCAGCUGCCCUUGGUGGUGGAUGGGUGAGGAUGGGAUGAGUAAUGCCACGCUGGGAUGUCAACUUACAGACCACAGAGCUACCCCUCAGGCAUCAGAGGCAAACUGAGGCGCAGGGUGGACAGGGCAUUGCCCAGGUUGGGUUCCCCUCCCCCCAACCCCCUAACAUGUCUCCACCCCUCCCUGCUCUCCCCCACAUAAACGGAAUCUAACUGUUGUCCCUGCAA